UGGCAGGGAGGGGCGCAGCUAUCAUUUUAGGCGAGAAGAUCUGGCUCCUGCGCCAGAAGCCUGGGCCUGUCUCUGAGUCCGCGGAGCAGAGAUUGGAAAGGUAGAGAAGGAGCCCCGGGACUCCUUUGGGCAGCGUCAGUUGGCUAGGGAGGUCCGGGAUAGCGGCGGGGAUUUAGCUCGGGAUGGGAAGCCUCCUUCUGGUGGUUGAUCAGCUUUCCUUGCCAGGCUUCCCGGCCCAAUAGUAGUUACUUUGCACUCUGGCUUGGCGGCUGUCGGUGGAUGGCCAGGCAGGAGAGAAGACUUAAUGCAGGUAAAACGGUAAACCCCAAAAAGGGAGGGGAUGAAAUGGGGAUCUCUCGCCUAGAAGCUCUUGCUGGACACCUGUUGUUUUUAUUUAAUCGCUGCAUAGAAGUGCAAGCAGGCAGAUGCAGGUGAUUGCCUCAUGGCCACAAUUAACCAUUGGGAUGAACAUCAUUCAUCCAGCAUUGUGUAACGUGGACCAACAUUUUAGUGAACUUAGUGUAUGCAAUGAUUGCUGGAGUAACAUCCCCGGUGGCUGAAUUCUUCUGACCACAGAACAUAUACAGCAGUGAUGAUAGCAGUAGAGAUAUCUUCAGCAAUGUUAUCCCUUGAUUGAAGAGAUCGACUGUAUUUGAAAACUUACAGAAAGCUUUGUCCAUUCUACACAAUUCAACAGUAUUUGACGUGAUUUUUUUUUGUCAUCGGUAUGAAGAGGAUCAAGGAGACAGUUAAAUAUGAAAAUCUUCAAAUGCUAGAAAGAAAGAAAAAGCAAAAAACUGGUUUUUAUAGCUCAAUGUUUGCUGCAUCUCAUGCUUUCAACUUGAUUGACUGGGGAAACCUGCCAAUCCAUAUAGUAUUGCAAAUCUUUCAGUAUCUGCCUCUUGUUGAUCGUGCUCGGGCAUCUUCAGUCUGCCGAAGAUGGAAUGAAGUAUUUCAUAUUCCUGAUCUUUGGAGAAAGUUUGAAUUUGAACUUAAUCAGCCUGCUACAUCUUACUUGAAGUCUACUCAUCCUGAUCUUAUUCAGCAGAUUAUCAAGAGACAUGCUAAUCAUUUGCAGUAUGUAAGCUUCAAGGUUGACAGUAGUACCGAGUCUGCAGAAGCAGCGUGUGAUAUUCUUUCUCAGCUGGUGAAUUGUUCUAUCAAGACACUUGGCUUAAUUUCAACAGCAAAGCCAAGUUUCAUGGACGUUUCUAAGGCUCAUUUUGUAUCAGCGCUGACAGUAGUGUUCAUCAAUUCUAAGUCAUUAUCUUCCAUUAAGAUUGAAGAUACACCAGUAGAUGAUCCAUCCUUGAAGGUUCUUGUUGCUAACAAUAGUGAUACUUUAAAAUUGCUUAAAAUGAGCAGCUGCCCUCAUGUGUCACCUGCUGGAAUUCUUUGUGUUGCUGACCAGUGUCACGGCCUUAGGGAGUUGGCUCUUAACUACCAUCUACUAAGUGAUGAACUGUUGCUGGCUCUUUCAAGUGAGAAGCAUGUUAACCUGGAACAUCUCCGUAUAGAUGUUGUAAGUGAGAAUCCUGGACAGACUGAAUUUCACACCAUCAAAAAGCAAAGCUGGGAUGCGCUGAUUAAGCACUCCCCUAAAGUCAACAUUGUGAUGUACUUCUUCCUAUAUGAGGAAGAGUUUGAUGUAUUCUUCAGAGAGGAAACUCCUGUAACUCAUCUUUACUUUGGCCGUGCAGUAAGUAAAUCAAUGCUUGGCCGCAUUGGAUUGAACUGCCCAAGGCUUAUUGAAUUGGUUGUCUGUGCUAAUGGUCUUCAGCCUUUGGAUGAUGAACUCAUUCGCAUUGCUGAACGCUGUAAGAAUUUAACUGCCAUGGGACUUGGUGAAUGUGAAGUUACCUGUCGAGGCUUUAUUGAGUUUGUAAAGAUGUGUGGAGGCAGACUCACAGAACUGUCCAUUAUGGAAGAAGUGCUCAUUCCAGAUAGUGACUACAAUCUGGAUCAAAUUCAUUCUGAAGUUUCCAAACAUCUUGGAAGAAUGUGGUUCCCUGAUAUGAUGCCUACGUGGUAAACUAAUCAAGCCAUAAGACUCUACUGGUCAGACCUGGCUGUACAGGAUGUUGAUUUCUAUGCAAAUAAGGAAUUCUGAACCUGAGAUGUAAUAGUGAAUUAUUGUUUUCAGUACUUAAUUAUGUAGUGGCAAUACCAUGCCCCUUGAGAAAUGGAAUAUGGACUGUACUGAAGUAUAUAGAUUGGAAGUACAUCUCUUAAAUAUUAAGUGCUUAGAGUAUUCUCCAAUUCAUUAGAAUAAUUUAAAAUUAUGUCUUCAAUUGUCACGGACAUCAUCUAGUGCAAAGUACUACAGUGCUAGUAUUGUAUCUGAUACAAUUGGCUUUCUUUGGUGUCCCAAAUUUUAAACUAAAGCUUGUUUUUCCUUUUCCUCUAAUGAAAACUGAUGGCAAUGUACAAACUUGUAAAAAGCAGCAGUAACACUAUUAGAACUGUGGCAAAUGUAUGACUGUGCUACAAAAGCUAGUGUUAUAAAAAAAUCUGCCUAAACAUUCUGUAUAACAAUAACAAUCUGCUUCUUGGCUGCAAAUUGCAGGAAUGUAAAACUCCAGAUAUUGGGGUUCUGUUACUGACAUGUUAGUGGAAGAGAAGUAUAGAUCUGAGAAUUAAGAGUUCAGAAGAAAGGGGAAGAGUCUGUAUCCACUGAUGAACCUGUUAAAUUUCAAUCUUGUAAUUUGCCUUACUGAAUUACUGAAAGUAACAAUUGUUGUUAAAUGAGAAGAACAUACUUGAACAAUUCUCUAAAGUUCAGAUAAAGCUAUCAGUAUAUUAUAAUCAUUCUGCAUUAUGGAAAGAUCUAGCAAUUUAAUUGUUAGUAUUUAAAACAAACCCAAGUAAAGUCAUCUCACCAUUUUUUUUCAGUGAACAGUUUUGUAAUAACCAGAUCAUAAUGCUGUGUAUAAAAUAAUGUCAGAAUGUUGAUGUACAUGUACAAAAAUAAAGAAGUCUAUGACAUUAAUGUAUUUUUAUUACUAUCACAUAUAUUAACAGAUAUUUAUCCAGGUGAUAAAUCUAAAACAUUAAUAGGUAUAAAAUAAAAAUAAAAACUAUAUAUCCCCUACAGUUAAGAGUUAAGAUGUAUCAAAUCAAAAUACAUACCUUUACAUUUGAAAUAGUUGAUACAGAAAUAAAAUUAAAUUAUGCUCCUUAUUUAUUUAUUUGUUUGUUUAUUUAUUUAUUUAUAAUGUAACUGCAAUCUGUCAAAUAAACAAUGUCACCUUGUGG